AUGCACUUUGUCCUUCCUUAUAUGUUGGGCCUGGCGUGGCUGGCCAACGCUACCUACAUUCCCUACUUGACCAACGCCAAUACGACUAACUUUGCUACUCGUGAUGUUAACGGAUAUCGUUCCGUGGCAUACUUUGUGAACUGGGGCAUCUAUGCUCGCAACUUCCAGCCUCAGGAUAUUCCUGCCGAGAAACUAACCCAUAUUCUCUACGCAUUUGCCAAUGCCCAAACCUCUGGUGAGGUGGUCCUGUCGGAUACUUGGUCGGACACCGACAAGCACUACUCCACUGAUUCAUGGGCUGAUACCGGGAAUAAUGUCUAUGGAUGUGUCAAGGAGCUUUUCCUAUUCAAGAAGAAGAAUCGAAACCUGAAGGUUCUUUUAUCGAUUGGAGGCUGGACAUAUUCUUCCAACCUCAGAACGGCCUUUGAAACCGAGGGGGGACGCCAGAAGUUUGCUGACAGUUCCGUCGAGCUGCUGAAGAACUUGGGCUUUGACGGUAUCGAUGUUGAUUUUGAAUACCCUGCCAAUUACAACGAAGCGGACCAAUUUGUUGAUACCCUACGCCGUCUUCGUGAGGCCUUGGAUUUGUACAGCUCUGCCAACGCAGAUGGCUAUCAUUUCUUGCUCACCACUGCAUCCCCUGCUGGCCCUGCCAACUACCAGAGAGAGCAUCUUGCCCAGAUGAAUCAGUACCUUGACUUUUGGAACUUGAUGGCCUACGAUUAUACCGGAAGCUGGGACAACGUUGCCGGCCAUGAUGCCAACCUCCACGCAUCCAACAGCAACAUAGCCAGCACUCCAUUGAACACCGACCAAGCGAUCAACUAUUACACCUCGCAAGGAGUGGCCUCUUCCAAAAUUGUCCUAGGUAUGCCUCUGUACGGCCGAGCUUUCACCGACACCAACGGUCCUGGCCAGUCUUACAACGGUGAUGCUGCUAGCUACUGCUACAAUUCGGGCUCACGUUUGUUCAUCAGUUAUGAUACCCCUGAGGUUGCGCGUAAGAAGGGUGAAUACAUCAAGUCCAAGGGUCUUGGUGGUGGUAUGUGGUGGGAGCUCAGUGGUGACAAGCAAGGUGAUGACAGUUUGAUCACCAUGGUGGUAAAUACCCUUGGAGGUACCGGAGCUCUAGACAAGAGCGAGAACCAGCUGAGCUACCCUGCCUCUAAGUACGACAACCUGAAGUCUGGUUUCUGA